AAGCUCAGUGCUCGAGUACCUGUACUGGACGGACGUGUGUUAACCGCGCGCGCGCACCGUCUCUCCCAAAGCGCCACUCCGCCACCUUAUUUCUACCGUGUGUGAGUGUUUUCCCGGUGUUUCUACACAUCUACAACGUGCUCGUGUGUGUUAUCAAGUGUUUCGUUCGAAUUCUGUGUCUGUUAGCGAAAACUGCGCAACAGGUCUCUUACCCGACCGACUUAACCCACUGUGAUAAAGUGUUUAGUGUUUGGUGUUUCAGCCUUUGGAUACCAGAUUUCUCACCAGAUUCGGUCGCAAAAUCAGAUAAUCUUGUGCGUGGCCGAGCAACUGCCAAAAUAUAGGCAUAAUUAUGGGGGCCCAACGCAGCGACCGGUGAUCAACGAACUUCAUCAGCGAUCAACGGAUGAGCCAUCGAUGGAGGCAGCCGAUGGAACCUUUCAUUGUUUAUUCGCUCCCUGGGUGAAAUCCCGGUGUUCCCUAAUUCCCUAUUAUUAGUGCCAGUGAAGGUGAUAGCCACCGGUUGGCAUGUGUCGCCCACCUCUUUUUCCGGUUGUGUAUCGAUUGACAUCGAUGAGUGAAGUAUCGAAAAGUCGAUGAUCUGUGUAAAGCAUGAUACGAUGCCCCGUCGCGAUGCGAUUGAGUCGUCUCAUGUUCCCCCCUCGCGUUUCCGCCGCCCCCUGGGCCCUCUGGCCCGUCCCCCUUCUUAUUCUAGUUUAUUUAUCUCAGUUCCUUUCGUCCGUCGAUGCCUCCGAGUUCGUCAAAGGCAAAAUAUGCAUCGGUACGAACGGACGGAUGUCGGUGCCGUCGACGCGGUCGCACCACUACAAGAACCUGCAGGACCGGUACACCAACUGCACUUACGUGGACGGGAACCUGGAGAUCACGUGGCUGGAGGACCAGAACUUGGACCUCAGCUUCCUGGCCAACAUCCGCGAGGUGACCGGCUACGUGCUCAUCUCCCACGUCUCCGUCAAGAAGGUGGCUCUCCCUAAGCUCCAGAUCAUCCGCGGCCGAACCACCUUCAAGGCCCCCGUCCACGAGGACGAGUGGUCCCUCCUCAUCACCCUCACCAAGGUCCUCAAUGUCGAAAUGCCCGCCCUCAGAGAUGUUCUAAAUGGAAGCGUUGGUAUCCUGAACAACUACAACCUGUGCCACAUCAAGUCCAUCAACUGGGAUGAGAUCAUCACAGGUCCAAAUGCCCGCUACACGUAUAUCUACAAUUUCACGAAUCCUGAACGUGAGUGUCCCCCGUGCGACAAGUCCUGUCCAGCUGGCUGCUGGGGUGAAGGCCCACAAAACUGCCAGAAAUUCUCAAAAACCAACUGCAGCCCUCAGUGCUAUCAGGGGCGCUGCUUUGGUCCCAACCCUCGAGACUGCUGCCAUCUAUUCUGCGCUGGAGGCUGCACCGGACCUAAACAAAACGAUUGCUUGGCUUGCCGCAACUUCUACGAUGAUGGUGAAUGUGUCCAAGAAUGUCCUGCGAUGCAAAAGUACAAUUCGAUAACGUAUUCAUGGGAGACUAAUCCGCAUGGGAAGUAUGCGUACGGGGCAACUUGUGUGAAACAGUGUCCCGAACAUUUACUCCGAGACAAUGGCGCCUGUGUCCGGAUCUGUCCCCCAAUGAAAAGAGCUGUAAAUGGAGAAUGUGUUCCAUGUGAAGGUCCGUGUCCAAAAACCUGUGAAGGUGUUCCUGUUGUGCAUGCAGGGAAUAUCGACUCAUUCCAAGAUUGCACCAUUAUUGAAGGUUCCAUUUCAAUUCUAGAGCAGUCUUUCAAAGGGUUCCAGCAAGUGUACUCAAACUUCAGUUUUGGUGAUAGGUAUCCAGAAAUGCACCCUGACAAGCUAGAAGUAUUCAGCACACUCAAAGAAGUCACCGGUUUCAUUAAUAUUCAAGGCUCUAAUCCAAAUUUCACCAAUUUAUCAUAUUUCAGGAAUCUGGAGGUAAUAGGAGGUCGAAUGUUGACUGAGUUAUUCUCUUCACUCUACGUUGUCAAAACAUCGCUGAGAUCUCUAGGCCUACGUUCACUGAAGAAAAUUAACACAGGAAGAGUUACUAUUUUGGAGAACGCUGAGUUAUGUUUUGGAGAGGGCAUUGAUUGGUAUAAAUUCAAGCAAAAGGAGGAACACCCUCCCAUGAUGGAGAACAAUAAAGCCAAAGAAAAGUGUGUACAAGAUGGUUUAGUCUGUGAUGCGCAAUGCUCAAAAGAUGGAUGCUGGGGGCCAGGCCCAGACCAAUGUCUAGCGUGUGCAAACUAUCGUCUUGAAAAUAACACCUGCAUUCAAGAUUGCUCAGUGCUAUCCAAUUUGUUCGAAUAUGACUCCAAGCUGUGCAAAGAAUGUCAUCCAGAAUGUGAAUCAACCUGUCAUGGUCCUGGAGCUGGUAAUUGUACGCGGUGCAAGAACGUAAAAGACGGGCCAUUCUGUGUCCCAGCAUGUCCGAGCAGCAAGUACAGUCGUGAUGGCGAAUGCCUUCCGUGCCACCCGAACUGCAUGGACAGUUGCACUGGCCCAGAGAAUAAUAUUGGUCCCAACGGAUGCCGUUCCUGUGAAAAAGCCAUCACAAAUGCAGAUGUUGUUGUGGAGCGUUGUUUGCAAAAGAACGAAUCUUGCCCUGAUGGCUAUUACUAUGAGUGGGUAGUUGGGCAAGAGCAGGGUCCCUUGAAGCCUCUCGCAGGGAAAGCAAUUUGCCGAAAAUGUCACCCUCGCUGCAAGAAGUGCAUCGGAUAUGGUUUCCAUGUCGAAGUCUGUCAAGAAUGUGUCAACUACAAACGAGGUGAGGUCUGUGAAGAUGAAUGUCCUCCAGACCACUAUGCUGAUGACAAAACGCAUGUAUGUAACGAAUGCUACAAAGAGUGCACUGGCUGUUACGGACCAGGGCCGAGUAAUUGUUUCAACUGCCGCAGCUUGAAAAUUUUCAAGGACGGACGACAUCCUGACUCAAAUGCAACAGCAUUUAAUUGUACAUCUCACUGUCCAUCAGAUAUUCCACACAAGAUUUUCCCAGAAGACAAUGUGAGUGGACCAUACUGCUCCAUUGAACCAAAUGUUUUGAAACAAAAGGAGAAUCCACCGAUAACAGGAUCCACUGCUAUCUUCACCAUCGUUUUACUUGGGAGCUGUUGCAUCAUAGCUGCAUUCAUUUAUGGCGUUAUGAACUGUCGUAAAAACGCAAAGAACGUAGAAGAAGCAGUCAAAAUGACAAUGGUGAUGAGUGGAAUAGAAGACAAUGAACCUCUUAGGCCGUCUAAUGUCAAGCCUAAUUUGGCAAAAUUGAGAAUUAUCAAGGAGGCUGAAAUGAGAAAAGGCGGAAUUUUGGGUUAUGGUGCUUUUGGAACUGUGUAUAAGGGUGUAUGGGUACCUGCUGGUGAAAGUAUGAAAAUUCCAGUUGCAAUCAAAGUCCUCCGUGACACUCCUGGUGUGAACACUAGCUCUGACUUUCUGGAAGAAGCAUACAUCAUGGCCAGUGUUGAGCACCCGAACCUGCUGCAGCUGCUGGCUGUUUGUAUGACAUCGCAACUCAUGCUUGUAACGCAGCUCAUGCCUCUUGGCUGUCUGCUGGACUACGUGCGGAACAACAGAGACAAAAUUGGGUCGAAACCAUUGCUGAAUUGGUGCACGCAGAUCGCACGAGGGAUGGCGUACCUAGAAGAAAAACGCUUAGUGCAUAGAGACUUGGCAGCGAGAAAUGUUCUAGUCCAGACCCCAAAUUGUGUUAAGAUUACAGAUUUUGGGCUGGCCAAAUUGCUCGAUAUCAAUGAAGAUGAGUACAAAGCAGCCGGUGGAAAAAUGCCCAUCAAGUGGCUAGCGCUGGAAUGUAUCCAGCACAGGAUAUUCACUCACAAAAGUGAUGUUUGGGCUUUUGGCGUGACUGUAUGGGAGCUUCUGACCUACGGAGGUCGGCCGUAUGAAAAUGUUCCCGCACGAGAUGUUCCUGAAUUACUAGAGAAAGGUGACCGGUUAAGUCAGCCACGUAUUGCAACAAUUGAAGUGUAUUUGGUCAUGAUCAAGUGCUGGAUGUUGGAUGCUGAGAGCCGGCCAUCAUUCAAAGAUCUGGCAGAUGAUUUUGCCAAGAUGGCGCGAGACCCUGGCCGGUACCUUGUCAUUCAAGGUGAUAAACAUCUGCGGCUACCCUCCUAUUCUUCGCAGGAUGAGAAGGAUGUUAUUCAUCCGACACAAACCGAAGUUGUUGAUGGAGCAACUGAUUCCGAGGAGUAUCUCCAACCAAAAGGAACAAGAGUUGUGCCAGUAAGAGAUAACCCCACACCACAAAACGUUGCAAACUGGGGAGAGCUUCGCAAAUACUCUUCGGAACACCAGCCCUCUAGAUAUUGUACAGACCCUCUUGGUAAAGGAGAGAGCGAUACCAGUGAUGACCUCAUGUCAGUCAAGCGUGAGGCGCAAGUAGGUGACUUAAAAUUAGAACUGCCGUUAGAUGAAGAUGAUUACCUCAUGCCGUCUCCUCAGACGUCACAACCAACGCAGUAUAUGGAUCUAAUUGGAGAUUCAAAACUUCCUAAUGACACAAUAAAACCAGGAAUGACACGAAAUUACAAUCCUGACUUCCUUCCAGGUCCUCAGACGAGCGUAGACAAUCCAGAGUACCAUUUUGUAGCGAAUCAAAUCUCGCAAACGAUAGGAAUACCCCACCCGGUGAUGGGCGCGAACGGCCCUUGUUUGGGGAUCCAACAGAAGUCCUCAGAGGAGGAAUCUGACCACGAGUAUUACAACGACUUUGAUCGGCUCCAAAGAGAACUUCAGCCAUUACGGCGCAACGAAACAACAGUAUGAUUGUCGUAGCCCGGUCACUGACUGGUUUUAUUGUUUAGCCCCAGAUGUGCCACCUUACAGGUUGCGAAAAUAACCCAGUUGUAUAUUUUUCACUGUUCAAGAGACUGAACUGCCAUUCAUCAAGGAGUAGGAACGGAAUGAUAGAGCGAUCAUUUCAUUUAACAGAUAAAAGCUCUUCAUGUAUUUCUUUUUCUGAACAAAAGAGGGUAUUGUGCGGCAAUGAAGUAAAAGCAUACUUGGUUCAAGUGAAAGAAGUACAGCAAUUACUAAUUUUGUUAUUGAAGAGCUGUCUCUUUCAGAGUAAUUAAUGGCUGAUUCUUCCUUUGUAUUUUAUCUAAUGGAUCAGACUGAUUUAACUUUUAAACGUUCUUGUCUUUUUUGUCUUAUGCUACCUCAACAGGACUUGGGAAAGUUUGUUUCAAACAAUGCAGCAGAGACAUUUUCUAAUGUGAAGCCUAUUUUUGAAUCGUUCUAACUUUUAAGUGCAAGGGUCUGUCCUCUUUUCACUUUAAUCAUUGCGUAUAACGCAAAUUGGGCAAUUCCUCCACCAGUUGGCACAUCUGUCAGGGUCAGUCCUUUAGUCUAUUCAUGUUUUUCUUGUGUGUAUAAAUUUUAUAUAAUUGUUGAACAUCUAUGUACAAACCCAAUGUAUGUAAUUAAGAAAAUAAGCGUUACGUGUAAAUAUGUAAAGAGAUCGAUGCAUUGAAUUGACUAUAUUCUAAAACCAUUUAUUGGUAUUUUCAAAAAAUACAAUUUGAAAUCAUGCUACAAAUUCCUACGGAUCAGGAAAUACCCUCGCUAAGUGAGUUCUCCUACUCACAGGCAGUAUACAAGACAUAUUUUUCAGAGACUGAUGCCAUGAGCUUGUGUUUAUUUUGCCUUAUGAAGUGAAUAUUCAAGAUAUUAGCAGGAGAGUGAACUUUUUUGUUAGUUUGUUUACUUGUUGAGUUUUUAAAUUAAUCUUUGAAUCAUAAGUUUUGAUCUUUCACUGAAAAAAUUCAGAGGAUUGAAGUUUUAAUUUGAUUCAAAGGACGUUAAGAUCAUUUCAUCUUGUAGCCUUGGAGAAAUUUUUAAAAGCACAUUUUUUCCUUUUUCAAUACUUGUGGGAGCUUUUUUCUCUCUAUUUUAUACUUUAGCACAAAAGUGCAUGAUAAAUAAUUCCCUCGAUUCAUAUAUUUUCUGCGAGUUUUAAACUGAAUAUCACUAAAUUUUUUAGCUCUCUCUAUCUUUAUAUCUUUCCUAAACUGUAGAUGGUGCAAGACGAUGUUUACUCUUUUUAGAGUAAUUUAUAUUUUUAAUUUGUUGCUGCAAAUUGUAUUGAUUGUCUCCGCCUCAAAUGUUAUGACAAACAAAAAAUCAAUAUCUCCUUUUGGCUGAAUGUUUUAAGCUUUUUUAAGUUUUUUUUAUAGGUAAGUACUUAAUAUGCAAAUGUAAUUAUUGACCUAACGGAUCCUUUACUUGAUUUUUUUUUUAAUUUUUUUUUAUUUUUUUUUUUAAAUUUUUAUUUCAUUUGAGUCAGAUAAAUUGUAUUGCAGUAAAGAACAUAAGCGUUUUGAAAUUUUAGAUGGCCCCAACAAUUAAUUUUGCACCAUCUGCAGUUCAUGAUUAAUCACUUGAAACUUCCAUGUCCAUCGCAAUGACAUAGCUCAGUAAUUAAACAUUUCAUAGGUACUUCCAAUAGCUUAAAGCUAUAGCUGCUUAGUUAUCAAGGAUUUUUAAAAAAUGCUGAAGAAUUAAUCCAAAAUUAUUUGAUGCUGUACAAUCUGCAGCAAUUUCUGAAGCAAUAUUUGCUUUUACAUGACUUAGUGUGGAGAAUCAUUCUCUAAAACUGAAGUUGUCCGUGCACUUACGAUUUAUCAGAUUUAUUGCUGAUAUUUUAGAACUUUACUUUAUCAUCAUUAUCAUUAUCAUUAUCAUUACAAGUUUGUUUUUGUAACUCAGUUUUCAAAGAAUUACAGUUUUAUAAUCAUUCUGUACUUACAUAUAUCAAAAUGUAAUUUUAAUCACAGUGCCUCCUUGAACCACUUUUGACGACCUCAGUUUGAAGAUGACACUUUUAUCAUCAAAGAUAAAAUUUAUUGAUCAUCUAGACUUUCCGUAGAUUUUUUUCCGUUUCUUCGUCCAUGUUUCUAUUAUUUGUAAAUGAAAUCAUUUAACCUUCCAGAACUCAUAGUUCAAUCAAUCUUUAUCUGAUCUCAGUGUAAAUAUUCUCAGUAUUUUUGUUAAUGAUUUUUUGGACACAAACACAUACUUAAUUUGCAAUUUUAUACAUUCCCUUUUUUCAGGCAUAAACUCAUAAAGCAUUUUGUCUGCUAUACUAUUUACUUACACUCAUCGGUGAAUUUAAGCAUGUGUAAUUCUCUGUUUGCGGAGUUUUCCCCCAAUUUUUUUAUUUAGCUGUAAUUUGAGCCAUUUUUUGCAUUGUCUCUGGAGCAUUCCUCCAUAAGAACUGGUUUUUGGAACUUUUUGAAUUGGUAGCAAUUUUUUUUUUAGCAAUUUAUUAUUAUUAUUAUUUAUAUGUAUCUUUAUUACAUAAUUCAAUGAUUUCUUGCAGUGUCAGGUUUUUUCAGUACGUAACUUUAUCUUUGAAUGUUAAUUUCUACUUGGUGCUUAACCCCAAAUGUGCCGAAAACAAUGUGUCAUUGUUCUUUCUAUUCUCGAAUUUUUACAAGUAUCUGAGUCUGAUUUUUUAUUGUUUGACCCUUUUUUAAUUUUUGAAAAGAUAUUAUUCCCCGCUCUACUAGGUUGACAAUGUAAAUGACCUCGGUAUGGACUGGAUAACUACAAAAUUUUGUCUCCGGUGACAUCAAAUUUAAUCUAAGAUUUCAGCUCGUCCUUUAUAUCAAUUUAAUCUGAAUAAUUUUAUAUUCAAUUGUCAUUUUUUAUCAAAAUUCUUCCUAAACACUGGUUAAGAUGAAUCUUCUCUUUAGAAUGCUGCUCAAGAUUUGUCCUGAAUGUGUCUUCCUUGUCUGAAUGAGUUUAAUCGAAGCUGAUCCAUGUUCAAGUAGAAAAAUGUCAUUGAAAGUGGUCUUAAUUGCUCAUCCACCAAGAUGCUUACAAAAACAUGGAAGAUCUCGGCCCCACCCACAAUAUUUAUGUACAAACAAUUGUAUCGAUUUUUCAUCAUUCAUCAUCUCUAAGUAUUGAUUCUACUAAAAUGAAUCUGGAAAUGUGGUUGAAGAGUGUAAUUUUUGAACUAUAAAAUUUCCCCAGUAAGGUACUAAGGUCUAAGUAAAGGUCUAAGUAAAAUAAGGUCUGUUAAAAAUAUGCAAUCGAUUCAUCAGCAGAGAUUCCUCAACUAGUGUAGAAAAUUAUUACCUCUUAUUUAAACAUUAAUGUGCUGAAAUUAACAAAUCGAAGACUUCAAAACAUGAAUGGCAAAAAAUGUUGUUUUCAAGCUCUCGUAUUUUUUGUAUCAGAUCGUAUUGUUUAUUAAACCAGUUUUUACUUUUCUCCAACUAAGUAUGAUUGGUAUUUUUUUAAUAAUUUACCGGUAUCCAUCUCCAAGUAAGUGUUGAUUUCAAGUGGUGGGUAUUCAUUUCUGAUAUUUUUACUUCGAACUAUAGUGUUCAACGCAGAAGAUUUAGUCAAAUAAGUAAAUAUUGUAGAUAUUGUUGUGCCUUUUGUUGAAUUUGCUGUAUUUUAUAAUUAUUUAAGUAAAUAUUGUAUGUAAAUCGUUUUGGGUAUCCUUUUAUUUAUAUAAGUAUUUAUAAAGAGAAUAGCUCCACAGCGUGAAUCAGACUUGAAACUUUACUUUGUUUUGUCCACAAAGCCUCUGUGGUGACUGAAUAUUUUUAAACAUUACGAGGGUAUCUUCCUUUUUCCAGAGUCAAAUCUAUUUCCCUCAAUGCAUCAGCAAUGGUUGUAAAAUUCCCGCAAUUGCCUCUCUAGCUAAUCUCUGUGUGUCCUAACUCCAAAUGAAUUUCUUGUGUCGAGUUUAGCAGCAGAGAUAGCUUUGUGAGUUUGAAACUCCCAAACUCUAUUGUAAAUUUGUAAACAUUCUUUCAUACAGAAUUUAAUAAUUUUGUACCUAAUUCUAAGUUAAGUACUUUGACUUGUAGACUGUGAUAAUGAUCUAGCAACUUUAUGCUGCAUGUAUAAUCUUAAGUUGUAUCUAUCUCUUUCCGAAGGGACCCUGAAUUGUUAUUAAUUCCCCCUUUUUUCCCUUAAUUUUCUUUUCUUUAUUUGCUGCUACCACCGGUAUAGGAUUGAAAAUCACCCUUUCUAAGUCUUAUUUCCCCACAAAUUCAACUAGUUGUUGCUAGUUAAUGCUUAAUAUUGUUUAUCCCUGGAAGUCUUUCUUUACGAGUUUCCUUUUCCAAAUUUUUUGAAAUCACCAAGUAAAUAGGAAAAAGUUUGAAUGUAGAUUUUAAAGCUUUAUAUUAACAUUUAAAGUGACAAAUUGGUAAAUUUGAAGGAAGAAACAGAUGAAGUCAUCAAUUUUCAAGUUUUGUAUUCAAGUGAUCCAAUCAUUUAUUUUUUGAAGGACCCAAGCACCAGAAACUGAUGAGCUGUGAAAGUUGUCGAAGAUUGGAAUUUUCAUGGUUCAAGAGCAUCUGAUACUUGAGGAGUUCCCAGGCGUUUUAAAAUUCCAUACAAAAUGUUGAUAAUAUUUGGCAUUGGAGUUGAUCUCUCAGUGUUUCGUCAUCUGAUACAAGAAAUUUGAAGGAAAUCUCGGAUCAAGGAAUAUCCUAAUUCUAAUCUCUUUUACUGAUGAAUUUUAUUUUAUCACUCAUGUAUUUUUUGACACCAGUGAACAGGAAUAUUUUCUCCAUACAUAUUAUUUCCAAAUUUUUUAAAUUUAUGCAACAUUAUAUGAGAAAAUGACUUGUAAUCUUUUGGAGUGCUCAAUAGAAAAAAAAGAAAACCACUGAAAUAUAUAUCAAUAAAAGAGCAAGAUCUGUUGUCUGUAGCAGUUCAGGUACGGAAAAUUUUGAUGGUGCAUAGUGUGUCUCCCAUGUUUUUAAAUAAAGUGAAAUAUUUUAUAUUUGAAUGCAAGAAAAUUUCAUGUGCAAUCGGUGAUUUUCAGAAUAUUACGGUAGUAGUUUGUGAUUGUAAUUGACGUUUCUUAUUCCUAAUUAUAAUUCCAAGGCCAUACUUCUGUUAGAUUAUUAUUGUUGAUUGAUUUUGUACAAAAAAUAAGAGAAGUGUUCAAAAUUGCAUCGUUGCUGAAGUGCAGUUUCUAAAUAAUUUAGAAUCGUAGUAAAUCUACUUCUAAAAAUUUUCUUUAGAUUUUUCUAAAACCAAUCCUCUUUAGACUUUUCCAUUUAUCAGCAAUAUUAUUUUGAACUAAGCAUGUCUUUAAGCAAGGGAAAUUUUUCAUCCCAAUCUUUGUUUUCAACUUGAUUGAUCAAAUAGUCUGAUCAGCUGAAGCUUUUCUUUCUGUUCAGAGCCAUAGGCUGUGCUGAAGACUUUAAGAUAGAGCUAUAUUGAUAGUCUAGCUUUUAACUUAAUGGCCUACAGUUAAUUGUGAAAGAAUAACUUUGUCCAAGAAGCCAUUAAAGUAAAAGAGAGAAUUUGAAUACAGCCACUUCUUUUUAUCAACCCCUCUUAAAUGCAUUUCUGUAUUUUUAGAUUUUAAUACAUACUACUGAAUAUUUUAGGAAAACGAACAUUAACAAGUAACUCCUAAUCAUUGUAGAAUUUUGAGCACUCACUCACUCAAAUUAUUAUUUUUAUUUUUUUUAUCUUCGUUUUAGCUAAUUUUUAAUCAAAAUGUUUAUAUAUUUUAUUACAAAUGACUGGCCAAUAAAUCUUGUAAACUUGUACAUGGAUAAA